CGUUGACUCGUGCCUGGCGGCCAUCUUGAAUCUGUUAGCGCUCUGUGUCACAGUGGAGCUAAUUUGUUUAAAUAAUGUAAAAAAAAAAAAAAACAAUUAUAUAUAAUAAUAAUAUACACUAUAUUAAUUGGUUUAUUUUACACUAAAAAUAUAUUUAUAUUUACUAAUUCGUGCCUUUUAUUGACGUUCGUGGGGAUGCUGCUCCUACACUCGGGCUGUGAGUCUUCGUUAUGGAUCCUCUGAGUCGUCUGAGCUUCAUGAAUCCUCAGGAUCAUCUCUCGCAGCCUCUGGAUCUCUGUAAACGGAUCACGCAGGAUGAGGAUCUGGUGAAGAUGCCGAGACGGAGCGAUCGCACCUCAGUGACCCACAGAAUCCGCUCACGUUGCUCAGAUUUCAUUUAUGAGUCGUCGUUUUCGCCUUUUAACAGACUCGCCCACAUCCAGACCACCAACACGGACAUCAGGAACUCCGAACGGGACGGCGAUGGACCUGAGGAAACCCCGUCACCACUGUCGGGUUCCAGUGCAUCGUUACGUGCAGUCGAAACCUUGUCUUCGGAAUGUUCCGGAUUCGGACGUGCCGAAUCCAUUUCCAGCGCCGAGAGCGACGUGAUCGAGGUGCCUCCGAGCGUCCCGGGGAGCGACGGCACCUCCAGGAGACUCAGAGUCUCAGAAAAUUCCUCACAUCUGCUGGACUCGGACGUGCUCCAGGACAGCGACUCGUUGGAAUCCAGAAAUGUAGCGUCUACCUCAGAAACAGAAAACGUCUUCAUCCCCACGCAGAACAGACCGGGAUCAUCCGCAUCGUCAUCUUCAAGCCAGAAGAGGGCGCCAGAGGCUAAGAGAAAGCGAGCGAGACCUUGCAAGAAAGCAAGAGCGAACACGACGAAGAAGAAGAAGAAGCAGCAGCAGCGCUACGGUUUGUCAUCUGCCUCUCCGCUGGCAUUUCCAUCCCACGGACCCGAGAUCAAGCUGAAGUACACGAGCUGCAAGGACGAGAAAAGAGAAGGCAGAGGGAACGCCUUUGCACCGUAUGUCCACGUGAAGUUCUCCGCCUGCACCGUUGUCAACUUCGAGGAAGACGUUCAGGUGAGGAAGCAGCAACGCCAGCCUGCGGCGUCCCCCGGGAUCGUCCCCACCACUUCCUGUUUACAGCUGGGACGUCUGGGGUCCGACAGCAGGGGGCAGACCGGAGAGGUGUGCUGCCUCUGCGGACGGACGGCCAACGCCGCAGGGUUGGGGGACCUGCACGGACCGUACCAUCCGUGUGGCGCAGACAGGAAUACGCCACCAACACGUCUCCUGAUUAACGGACAUGAGGACGACGGCGUGAAGAGCAGAGAAACCUGGGUUCAUGAGGACUGCAGUAUCUGGUCAUCUGGAGUUUUCCUCAUCAAAGGACGACUGUAUGGACUAGAGGAGGCGCUGCGACUCGCGCAAGAAGCAGUUUGCUCGUGUUGCCACAGAGGUGGUGCUACGCUGGGAUGCUUCUUCAAAGGCUGCUCGAGUAACUACCAUUUCCCCUGCGCUCUCCAGGCCGGAUGUGUGUUUAAUGAGGAAAACUUUACUCUGAGAUGUCCAAAGCACAAGAAUAAAACUGGACUCUGUGUGAACAGACUGAUGCAGAACAGGUGAAACUCCAGCGUCCUGAUUUUCCCGAUUCUGAGGGGAAAAAACAUUAAAAACAGGGUUUUCUUUGUCUUUUUUUUUUUCUUUUUUUUUUCCUGUAUGUAAAAAAAUCAAAGUGUUUACAUUUUUCCUCGAUCGCAGAGGAAAUCAAACUGCCUUCACCUUCACUGCUGCUGCCUUUUUAAAAAACAAAACAAUAAACACCUGGAUAUUUAAAGAUCUCAGUGAAGGAUCAUCACACCUCCACCUCCUUUUCUUUAUCGCUUCUUAAAGCCGGACAUUUGUUCACUUCUUUUUAAGUAAUGAGGGUUUUUUUUGCACUAAAAUGGUGAUUUAUUAAUACUUGACUAUAAACAGGUGCUGGAUGAAAUGUUUUUGGUGACCCAUAUAAAUCUAUAUAUUGACCGAUGAUUUUGGUGAUUGUUGGGACUUUUUCUCGCACCGGUCCUCCGGCAGUGUGAGACGCCGGAGUGUCUGGUCUGCUCUGCUCAGACCCCACCGUAUGCACUGUACACAAACGUAUUUAUGUUUCAUUUCGAUUCGUGUGGAUGUGUAUUUAUUGAUGGACGAACAACCUCAGCUGAAAAGAUUACGCAUUUUUUUCGGCACUUUAGAAACGCAGGGAAUCUUUCGUUUUUGUUCAUUUGAUUGUUGUUCAGGUGAUCAGACCAUUUUAUGUCUGUUGCACUAUUUCUUUGUCCAGGAGACAAACUUGUACGGCUUGAGAUUUGGGAGCAAGUGUGUAGAAUUUCACCCAAUGCCUUUGUUUAAUGUCUAGGUUGUAAUAAACAUUUUUACACUCUU